AUGGGGGCAAGAUUAGAACAACAGCCAGUUCGACAGGAAGUCUCUGAAGAACAACCUAGGAGAGUAAUGAUGGUUAAUAGAGACCAAGAUGCAAACGAAGUAAUUCAUAGGGUUAGGCAAGAAAACAUGAUGGAAAAUAACUUAACUACCAUGAUAGAGAGAAUCACGGCCCAGAAUGGUCUGAAUACAGGACUUCGACGACCAAAUUAUACCUCUCCUUUAUCAGAAUACGUCCUACAAACUGAAUUACCAAGGGAUUGUAAAAUCCCUAAGUUCACCAAAUUCUCAGGGAACACUAGUGAAUCCACUAUAGAACACAUAGCCAGAUACAUGACUGAGGUAGGGGAUUUGGCGAACAGUGAGAACCUAAGAAUGAAAUAUUUCCCCAGUUCUUUAACGAAGAAUGCCUUCACGUGGUUUACAACUUUGCCACCAAAUUCCAUAGAUACUUGGCCUCAUUUGGAGAGAUUAUUUCAUGAACAAUUCUACAUGGGCCAAACUAAGAUAAGUCUUAAGGAAUUAGCCAGUAUUAAAAGAAAAUUCACUGAACCUAUAGAUGAUUAUCUGAAUAGGUUUCGUUUGUUGAAAUCUAGAUGCUUUAUAGUAGUGCCUGAACAUGAAUUGGUUGAAAUGGCCGCUGGAGGGUUAGACUAUUCCAUUAGGAAAAAUUUAGAUACCCAGUAUCUAAGAGAUAUGGCCCAAUUAGCAGAUAGGGUUCGACAGGUCGAACGUUUAAAAGCUGAAAAGGCCAGAGCGAAUAAGAAUUAUAAGAAAGAAAGGGUUGCUUAUGUCGAAGUCGAAGAUGAGGAGUCUGGAAUCUCUAAUGACCCUUAUGGUCUCGAGGAAUUCGAAGUAGAUUUGGCUGAAUUAAAAGAAGCACCACCUUAUGCUUGUAAAUUACUUACACCUUCGAAUGGCAGGAACCCUGUCGAAACUGAAAAGAAUGAUAGAUUUCCUAAAAAGACUUACACAUUUGAUGUUACCAAAUAUGAUAAAAUCUUCGAUUUAUUAGUAAAAGAUGGCCAAAUGAUAGUGCCUCCUAAUACCAAAAUUCCUCCGUUAGAACAACGGAAGAAAAGAGGCUUCUGUAAAUAUCACAAUUUUUUAGGCCAUAAAACCUCACAAUGCUUUCUUUUCAGGGAUCUUAUUCAGAAUGCAAUUAAGGAUGGCCGCCUCAAGUUCGCUGACAGGGGGAGAAACCAGAUGAAGGUUGACGCUGACCCCCUCAACAUUGCUGACACAAAUUAUGUUGAACCUGUCGAAAUCAACAUGAUUGACAUGGUGGAAGUGGAGGUUGUGAAGGAAGCAGGAAUUAAAGGCUAUGUACUAGUUGGAAAACAGGCUACUGAUGGCCUAAAUAAUGAUGUUCCCUUUGGAAUUUCUGUUGAAGGUGAACAGGUUGCUGAUGUCGAACCAAAGGCCACUGGAGGUCUUAAUGGGAAGACAACUGAGGCUACUGAGGGCCUAAGGAAGAAAUUUGAGGAAAUUUCAAUCGCUGAUGGCGCCAAUCUAGGUGUCAACAUGGUGGAUCUGAACCAACCCUCCCAGAGAUGGAGGAAGUGGAGAGGUGUCUGA